CAGUAUUUAGGCAGAUACCUGAACUGGGUUCUGAAUAUUCUACCAUGGGGCCAUCCUGCUCUUUCUUCUUUGUAUAGAAAGAUGGCUGGAAAGACUCACUCUUUCACAAAGAUCUUCAUCAAUGCUGCAGUUAGAGAGGAUCUCUCCUGA